AUGGCAGCAGCGCGCGCCUCAAAGAUCUUUGACGUCCUCAUCAUUGGGGGCGGACCAGCAGGUCUCACCUUUGCCGGAAGCCUCGCCCGGCAGCUGCACACAGCCCUGAUUCUGGACUCGGGAGUCUACCGCAAUGACCCGACCAACCACAUGCACAACGUCCCCGGCUGGGACCAUGCCGCCCCGUCCGAAUUCCGGGCAAAGUUACGAGAGGACCUGGCUGCGAGGUACCAUACAGUCGAGUACAAGAAGGGCACUGUCAAGUCGGUGCGCAAGCUCGAGGCCGAGGAUCUGUUCGAGGCUGUAGAUGAAGAUGGAGUCGUGUACCAGAGCAGGAAACUCGCCCUCGCAACUGGUGUGAGAGAUAGAACUGAGGCGGAAGUCAAAGGAUAUGCCGAAUGUUGGGGCCGUGGAGUAUUUCACUGCCUGUACUGCGAAGGAUAUGAGCAACGCGGCGCCGACUCGGUAGGCGCCCUCGCUACGGGCUUCAAUGCCGAACCAGAGAUGUUCCUCCACGUCGCCCACUUGGCGAAGCGGCUGUCCGGGCAGGUCAACUUAUACACGAAUGGAAACGAGACAUUGGCCGCAUCACUUCCCGCUCAUAUCAAGAGCAGCAAGAUUGUCCUGGAUCCGCGACCCAUUGAGUCCCUGUCACUGGUAGACGGAGGGCCCCAAGUGCGUGUCAACUUCACAGACGGAACAAGCAGGGUCGAGGGCUUCAUUGUUAGCCAUCCGACCGUCGAGCAGCGGGCAAAAUCCCUGACAGAGCAGCUGGGGCUGGAGACGACCCCGUUAGGACAUGUCGUCGUAGAUGAGCCAUUCAAGGAAACGAGUGUUAAGGGAUGCUUUGCAGCAGGCGAUAUGGCAACACCCGUGAGCGCGGUCAUUCAAGCUAUGCAUAUGGGUACGUUUGCCGCCAUCGGGACGGUUUCACAAUUGCAGGCGGAGUUGGAAGCAAAGGAUGCUCUCUGA